AUGUCAUCAGAACCAAGCAAAAUGAACGCAAACUACGACUCAACGAUGGGUUCUGUUAAGGAACAAGCGGGCAACCUCCUCGGUAACGAAUCGCUCAAACACAGCGGCACCCAACAACAUGCCUCCGGCGAAGCCGAGAAAAAGGCUGCAACUGCCAAGCAGUAUGGAGAGGGUGCCGUCGACAAUGUUGCUGGCAAGGCACAGAACAUCGGCGGUGCCGUCACUGGUGACAAGAGCAAGCAGGCUGAAGGUGCAGCUCGCGAGAACAAGGGUGAUACGAAAAGAGAGUUUGCGUAG